AUGGUCCUGCCUUUUGGUGUCAGGUCAGCUCCAUAUAUCUUCACAUGUAUAGCAGACUUAGUGGAGUGGGUGGCCAAGCAAAACUACGAUGUCACCUUCCUGAUGCAUUACCUUGAUGACUUCCACACUCUUGGCCCUCCCGGCUCCUCUGUUUGUCAACAUAAUCUGGACAGGUCAAUUGACUGUUUUUCUAAGCUUGGCAUCCCCUCCAUCCAGACAAACUAGAAGGGCCGUCGACGUGCCUAACCAUCCUGGGCAUUGAACUGGACUCUCUUAAUCUGCUGGCACGCCUUCCUCAGGACAAAUUUGAUAGGAUAACUGCCUUGUUGGAAGAUUGGUCACAAAAGCGUUGGUGUAAACGCAAGGAUCUGGAGUCCCUAAUAGGUCACCUUCAGCAUGCCUGCAAAGUCGUACCCCAAGGUCGCUCAUUCUUGCGCCGAAUGAUUUACCUACUAUGUGCCUUUCGACGCGAUGACCACCCGAUUCUGUCUCAAUCAAGAGUUCUUUCUUGACCUAGCCUGGUGGCAAGAGUUUUUCCAGUCUUGGAAUGGUUGCAGCUUUCUUCAGUACCCCAGUGGGCUCAAUUCCUGACUUCGAGGUUUCUUCAGAUGCCUCUGGGGCUCUUGGUUAUGGAGCAGUCUUCCAGGGUCACUGGUUUUCAGGUGCAUGGCUCCCAUCUCAGGUCUCUCAGUCUAUCGAGUACAAGGAACUUUUCCCUAUCGUCGUGGCAGCUUACCUCUGGGGUCCCCAGUGGGCCUCCAAACGGGUCAACUUCCUAUCAGAUAACCGCUCAGUGGUGGACAUUUUGCAGUCUGGCACUUCAAGAGCCCCUACCAUCAUGUCCUUGGUUCGCUAUCUGUCCCUGUUGGCAGCUUGUCACUCCUUCUCCUUCACUGCCUCCCCAGUUAGAGGGAAGUCUAACCCCAUUGCUGACUCCCUGUCUCGCUUUCAGUUUCAGCGUUUUCGCCGGCUAG